AUGGUUUCUGGCUUGGUUUCUGGCAAGAGCGUGAAUGUGGCAGUUUUAACGCUCUUGUUCGAAAUAAGUCCAAGUGUGGUGUCUGAGUCUGCUAAAUUCUGCAAUAAAUCAGACGUGUAUCGACACGGUAAAGAGACGCAUGGCCUCGAGGACAAAGCCCACCCCUGCCCGCAUUGCUACAAGUCGUUCAGCAGCCCUUCGCAGCUCCACCAGCACUCCCUGGUUCACACCGGAGAGAGGAAAUACCACUGCAAAUACUGCAACAAGGCCUUUAAGCAGCUGUCACACCUACAGCAGCAUACACGAAUCCAUACAGGAGAAAAGCCUUAUAAGUGUUCAAUUCCGAAUUGUAACAAAGCAUUUGCCCAGCUGUCAAAUCUGCAGCAUCAUCAACGAAACCAUGACCAGAACAAAGCAAAGUCGUCAAGAAAAAGCUUCUACUGCACCGUGUGCCAACGUGGAUUCGUGACCGAGUCAAGUCUUGAUAAGCACAUUGCUAGGCUUCAUGCCCACUUGUCAUCACAUUCCAUGAGCAGCCAUGUGAGUUCUCCUGUCAAGGUCACUGCCAGUAUGCCAAUGAGCCCGAGCACCAGUAGCGGGCAAAAGAGCAGCCCGCACAGCCCGCCUGUCAUGUCGCCGGAACCAAACAACGGGCAGAUCAACCCGCACCUUCAUCAAAUGGUCGCACAAGGCAUGCAGAACCUUCAGAGUCAUGGGAGCCUAACAAGCCCCCUGCCGCACAGACAUAUGUCGGCAUCGGCGAAUAAUUUAAUGGACGAUGGUGGCCUUUCCGAUCCGAUGGCACCACUACGCUCACCGGUGGACCAGGAUAACCGCAUGCAGAACUCGCAGAUCCAGGCGGCGCAUUCCGGACAACGUGGUCACCACCACCACCAUCACCAGCAGCAACAGAACAUGCUGUCAAGUAUGGGUGUCGGAACUCACACCGGAUUGCCCCCGAUUUCCCGCCUGUCGGAUCGUUGCUUCCCGCUGGCGCCCCCACUCCCUGCUGCUGCGCUGGCGGCAGUUCGUGCUCAAGCCUUGUCAUCGCUGAACUACGGCUCACCUGGUGCACGUGCAUCGCUCACGAGCAUGCACCGCAGCACAAGCCCAAACGGACACCAGACAUGAAGGAAGAAAACAGUAGGUAACUUAGAAUGGAUGUUGAUUCGUUAAAUAUGUGAAGAUUUGUUGAUUUGUGGGUUUGUGACUUCAUUGUUACUGUGUAAAGUGACUUUUUAUGUAAUCAAGCAUCUCCGAACAUUGUAUGCUAUAAGCAUGACCUCAAAGGUCGAGGACAUGGCAAUGGGGUCAAGCUUUGACCUUGAUAUAUAACUUAUAACAGGUCAAGGUCACCGGUGGAAUCUUGAAGGUUAAUAUUUGACCUUGACC